AUUAUCACUUGCUGAACAAAAUCCUUCUUUUGCUUUAGCUUGCAGAUUCGCUUGUGCCCUUGGAGAUUAAGCCUGGUAUUUCCUUAGCAACAGUUUCUGCCGUGUUGCAUACUAAAGACAACAAGCACGUGCUGCAGCUCCCACCAAAACCUCCGCAACCUCCCACCAGCAAGAAGAGAAAGCGAGUGAGUGACGACGUGCCGGAGUGUAAACCAUUGAAGCCAUUGCUGAGCGGCUCCAUCCCUGUGGACCAGUUUGUGCAGACGCUCGAGAAGCACGGUUUCAGUGACGUGAAGGUGGAGGACACAGCCAAGGGCCACAUCGUACUCCUCCAGGAGGCAGAAACCCUCAUUCAGAUUGAGGAGGACUCCACGCACAUCAUCUGCGACAACGAUGAACCUUUGAGGGUGAAACUGCGUGACCUGGUUCUCAAAUUCCUGCAGAAAUUUUAGCUCAUGGACAUCAUCCUGCUCUGCAAAGCGAGACCCCGGAGCAGCAGAGCUAAACGCUUUCCAGAGUGUGACCCCAGGGAGGGAGAGAGAAUUUCUUGAUUCAGAGAGACCAGAAACCACCUUCCCUUCAUGGAGAAGCAAGGAUGUAUUUUUAAUAUCUAUUUUUUAAAUUUUAUUUUUAACUGGGUUUGGAAUCCUUUUGAGGGGAUUCUCGUUCUGUAAAAUUGGGAGUUGGAAUCUUAUAGGAGAUAUGAACUGCAGAGUAAAUAAAUAGAGUGUAUAUUUACAAGGU